AUGUCCACCUCACCCAAGAACCUCUUGCGUUUCGGUAUUUUCUCAACAGGAGACAUCGCUUACACUUUCACCGAAUCACUCUUGAAAAACAAUUAUGGUGAGGAACAUCAAAUUCAAGUGGUGGCCGUCGUUUCGAGAGAAUUGGAAAAGGCUCAACAAUUUGCCAAUCAUUUCUCUUCAAAAGUAACAACAACAACAGAAACAAAUUCUCUUCAAUCUCCAUCCCCCAUCAAUCCUCACCUCGAUGACAUGUCUUCCGAAGAGAGAUCGAUUAAAGCCUAUCAUAAUUAUGAACAAUUUUUCAACGAUGAUUCCAUUGAUAUUGUCUAUAUUGCAUCACCGCAUUAUUUUCAUUAUGAACAUUGUAAAAUGGCAUUGGAACAUGGAAAGAAUGUAUUGUGUGAAAAGGCAUUUACGAUCAAUGCAAAAGAAGCUGCUGAAUUAAUUGAAUUGGCAAGAAAAAAGAAUUUAUUUCUCAUGGAGGCAAUGUGGACAAGAUUUUUCCCAGCCAAUCGACAAAUGAUGCAACUCAUUAAAAAUGGAGAAAUUGGUCAAAUUACACAUAUUAAUGUGAGCUUGGGAUUUGUUGGAACAAAACGUCAACCUUCAAAGGAUCAUCGAUUGUAUAAAUUAGAGAGUGGAGGAGGAUCUUUAUUGGAUUGUGGAGUUUAUUGCAUUUCAGCAAUUAUUCAAGUUGUGAAUGGUAUUGGUUGUGAAAAAGUUUCAAAAAUUCAAUCGCUCAUGAAUAUGGAUUCACAAACUGGAACAGACACUCAAUGUAGUGCUCUGAUUGAAUUUGAGAGAUUUGAUUCUCACACCAAUUCCUCUCAACCCAUCUAUGCCACUUUUCAUUGCAGUUUUGUCAAUGAAUUUUCAAGAAUUUUAGAAAUUUGUGGCACUGAAGGAAUCAUUCAAGUUCAUAAUAGUUUUCACAGACCUACAAGUUUUACUUUAAUCAAACAAGGCACCAGUGGCAUCACAACUAAAACCUAUGAAUUUCCAAAAGACUAUCAAGAAGGAUCUGGCUUUUUCUAUGAAAUUCAACACAUUUUAGAAUUGUGGAAAGAACAUCAAAUAGAAAGUCCACUCAUGCCACAUCAUGAAACACUCGCUGUCAUGCAAGUGAUGGACACCAUUCGACAAGCUCAUCAAUUUUACUAUCCCAAAGAACACAAUCAUUAA